AUGUUGGCGCAGUUAUCAAAAGAAAAGAAAAUAUUUAAUUUUGCAAGUUCUCUCGACUCCAACUCAUCAUCAUACUUUUUUUCUUAUAUUCUUUUUUUAUUCCACCUAAAAUUCAACCUACCUACUUUUCUAAGACAACCCAAAUUUAACCCAUCUGCCUACUUAUCUAAGAUAUAUAUAAUAUUAUUUUUAUCUUUUUUAUACACCUUACUUUUAAAUAUAUGUAUAAAACAUUAUAUUCUACUUGCUUGGUCUUUCAAUCAAGAUACUUUUUACUCUUUAUGA